AUGGUGGAAAGGACACAGCCAGCUUCCAGGCAAUCUGUCAAAGAAGCAAAAAUUCCACCUAAUAAUUGGCCUACAGCAGAUGAAUCUACAAUAGAUUUCCCUGUUUUGCCUCAAUAUUUAGCUAAGUAUCAAAAUCCUAAAGAAGCUGAUGCCUUGACAAAGAUACAGAAUGAUUUAGAUGAAACUAAGAUUAUUUUACAUGAUACUAUAAAAGCAGUAUUGGAUAGAGGUGAAAAACUAGAUGAUUUGGUUGCAAAGUCAGACAGUCUGUCAAUGCAUAGUAAAGCUUUUUAUAAGACUGCUCGUAAAACAAACAGCUGUUGUAGUUUU